AAAAUAAAUUGUCUCUACAAUUAGUUGGUUUGGUGUAAACCACAUUGUAUUUACGGUUUAGAAGAUUGAGAAAUAUAUUUUCUACUUUCAUCCUUAAAGAAUUUUCUUUUCGCAAAUAAUCUCCAUCGCCGUAGAGCUCUCCUAAACGUGAAGUUUCACUGUGCAGAUUAGAUUAUCUCCUCCACUUUGUCGUCGUCGCUCGAUUCACAGGGAUUGAACGAUAUGGGUAAGCACAGGAAGAUAGAUACUCAUUCGGAAGAUGAAACUGCAUCUUCUUCGUCUUGUUCCUCUUACAGCUCCGAUGACUCCGAUUCAUCUUCUAGAAAACGGCGGAGGAAGCAAAAGGAGCGGCGCGAGAAGCGAAGGAAGAGAGAGAAGAGGAAGAAGAUGGAGAGAAAGAGGAAAGAUAGGAAGAAGAGGACGAAGAAGAAGCGUGAUUACGAGUCUCAGUCUGGUUCUGGUUCUGAUUCCAUGUCUGAUCAAGAGAGUUCACGGGAUGAUCCUGAAACAGUUGUCAAGGAGAUGCUCAUAGAGUUUCCUAACGUUGGCAAUGAUUUGAAACAGCUUUUGAAAAUGAUAGAUGAUGGCCAAGCAGUUGAUAUAAAGGGUAUUUCGGAGAUCGCUUUGAAGAAGAGGUUGAAAAAGCUGUUUCUGUCUUUGAAGUUAAAGGAACGUGGGGAUAGAGUCUUUUUGUUACCACCGGGUGCUUCUCCUUCUUUAGAUAUGGUGGGACAUCUAAUUAAAGCCGGCGAGGAAGAAGUUGAUGAUUCUUCCCCAUUGAACAACACUGAAGCAGCUACUACUGUCACUGGUGAGGCAGAUGAGAACACUCUGGGAGCAGAUGAUGUUACUGGUCCAAAGAAAAGGGUGAUUGGACCUGCAAUGCCAUCGGCUGAGCUACUUGCUGCUGCAGCAAAGCUAACAGAAGCGCAAGCUGAACUCAGAGAAGCUGAGCUAGAAGAAGAUUCAGCAUAUUUUAUUGGACCUGCUCCACCUGCUGUUGUUGCAGAAGUCGCAUCGUCGAACGAGGCAGAGCGAUUCGAAGAGGUGACACGGAUCAUGGAAGCUGAAGCUGAUAGCCCAUACGAUGUUCUAGGAGUGAACCACAAUAUGGCUGCUGAUAACAUGAAGAAGAGAUAUUGGAAACUGUCUCUUUUAGUUCACCCAGACAAAUGCUCUCAUCCGCAAGCUCAGGAAGCUUUCGUUUUGCUGAAUAAAGCUUUCAAAGAAUUACAAGAUCCCGAAAAGCGAAAAGCUAUGGAUGACAAGAUUAAACUUAAGGAGGAACAAGAGGCUUUUAAGGCUGAAUUACGCUCAAUGCAAGAAGCAGCACAGUGGAGAAGAUCCCAAGGCAUAUCAAUGGAAGGCGAUGAAGAGCUCCUAGCAGCAACCGAGGUUAAACCUGUACCUAAAAGAGACGAGUGGAUGACGACCCUUCCUCCUGAAAGAAAGACCGGGGUGCCUGUGCAGCAAUCAACCACGACAUUUAGCAGAAAUGCUAGAGAAGGACGCGGAGACACUACUGCCUGGACUGAUACUCCUAUGGACAAAGCUGAAAGGGCAAAGAUGAACUACUUAGAGGCGUACAACAAGGCGAAUGCGCUUGCGUCAAAUGAAGAGGUGAAUAUGAAAAGAAGCCUAGAUGCUGAUCUUGUGGACAAGUACAACAAAGAGAAAAGAUCAAAGUCUUUGGUAGAGAAGCACAGGGAAGAGUCUACUUCUUCAUCUUCAAGCCGUCUCAAGAAGAAGAAGAAAUUGUCUUCGUCUUCGUCCAAGGAGAAAAAUGAGGACGAGUGGGUGGGGAAACAUCCAUGGAAGCCAUGGGACCGUGAGAACGACCUCACCGCCGGGAGACAGAAGGUAAAACUUGACGCUGAGGGUAUGGCUGAAGGUUUGGCUUCCAAGUUUUCUUCUGGCAAUUUCCAAAGAAGCUUUCUUUGAAGCUCUUGUUUACAUGUUAUGAGAUAUGUAUUGCAGAAAAUUUAUUUGAGGCUAUACAAGUAAAGUUAUUUUUUUUCUCUUGAUUUGAGAAACUAACAGAUAAACUUAGUUUAUUUUCUACCAAAUUUAUUUUACUUUUGUAUGUUGUCUCUUUCGACAAAUCUCAUAUAGUACAUUCUAUGUGCUCUAUGAA